AUGGCGGACCAGAGGGCAGCCAAACCGAAGAGGAGAAGCCGAGAGCGUACCUCGUUCACCUCUCAUCAGAAGGCGGAACUGGAGGCUCUGUUUAGCCUCACCCAGUUCCCAGAUUAUGUCACCCAGGAGUUGCUGGCCUCAAAGAUUCACUUACAAUACACCGUGGUGCAGGGUGAUCCUGAGCUGGACAGGCUGGUGGCUACAGUCCCCGCCUUGUCCUCCGCCCCUUACGACAUAAGCCAGGUCAUGGAAGCCUAUGGGUGUCUGGAGGAGAGUUCCAACACGUUCAGUUGCCUUUAUCAGUAUCUCUCCCUGUCUGAUGGCUAG